AACACAAUGUCGAGUCGUGGUUAUGCACGACCGACCAUGAUUAGGUUUCAGAUCGGAUUAUUAGAUCUGGCGAGCAUUCCGUUUCUCAAUCAAUUACUCAAUGUUUAAACCGAUGCUCUAAGUCACACUCACGAGGCUUACUUGAAUAUCACUAUCAUUCAUUUCAAUUGAUUUUUCUUCCAACAAUCGAAUCAUAGUUCUUCAUUUCAAUUUCUUCUUGCUGAAGUGACCACCCACCAAAAUUUUUUCAAAUUUUCUGAUUCAGAUCCCAUUUUCCCACCAUUAUUUCAUAUUUCUUCCAUUCUCAGCAACCUAAUUUUUGUGCUUUUUUUUGACAUUCAAAGUUUUCACCAUUAAAAUGGGGUCACAAGGACCCAAAUCUGCAAAAUCAACAAAACCCACAUCUCAAUCAUCAUCAACAACAACAACUAAUGCUUCAUCUUCACUCUCUUCACACUUAGCAAUGGUAGAAUUGAAGCAAAAAAUUCUUACAUCACUCUCCAAGCUUUCAGAUAGGGAUACUCAUCAGAUCGCCAUUGAAGAGCUUGAAACAAUCAUUCAAACCCUAAAAAACGAUGCUGUUCCAAUGCUGUUAAAUUCACUUUUUGAUUCCUCUUCAUCUGACCCAAAACCCGCAGUCAAAAAGGAGUCAAUUCGUCUUCUUGCGGUCUUAUGUGGGUCGCACCCGGAUUCGACGGGUACCCAUUUGGUCAAGAUAAUUGCCCAUAUUGCUAAGAGGUUGAGAGACCCGGAUUCUGGGGUUAGGGAAGCUUGCAAAGAAGCAAUUGGGAACUUAUCUGGGAUUUAUAUCAAAGGAGGGGAAGGUGAAAAUGGUGGGAUUGUUUCUUUGUUUGCUAGGCCUUUGUUUGAAGCAAUGGGGGAGAAUAAUAAAGGGGUGCAAAUUGGUGCUGCAAUGUGUUUAGGGAAAAUGGUAGAUUGUGCUAUUAAUCCGCCUCUUUCGUCGUUUCAGAAGCUUUGUCCUAGGGUUUGCAAGUACUUGAAUAGCCCUAAUUUCUUUGCUAAAGCUGCUCUUUUGCCUGUUGUUGCUAGCUUAUCUCAGGUAGGGGCUAUUACACCACAAAACUUGGAUCCUUUAUUGCAAAACAUUCUUGAGUGCCUUGCUAGCACAGAUUGGGCAACUCGCAAAGCUGCUGCUGAGGCAUUGACUGCUCUUGCUUUGUAUUCAAGUGACUUGGUUAAAGAUGGAGCAACCUCUACCUUGACUGCUUUAGAGGCUUCUCGCUUUGACAAGAUAAAGCCUGUGAGAGAGAGCAUGACGGAGGCACUACAGCAUUGGAAAAAGCUUUUAGGAAAUGCUGGAGAUGUUGCCAUGGAUGAAAAGAUAGCUACACAUCACGGGGCUGAAAAUGACUCGCCAGAUAAGGAUAAGUCGAAAUCUUCAAAGUCUGAUCAGAAGAAAGAUGAAGUAUCGUCAAGGGAUUUGUCAAAUAGUGCUGCUUUAUCUGAUUCUGUUGGGAAAACUAAGAAUGGGAACUUUUCAGAUAAAGCUGUUGGAAUUCUGAAGAAAAAGUUGCCUGCUUUCUCUGAUAAGAACUUGAAUGCAGAAUUUUUUCAGAAGCUUGAAAAGAGAGGUACAGAUGAGUUACCUGUAGAAGUUGUUGUCCCACGUAAAUGUGUUAAUUCCUCAAAUACUAUUAGUGGGGAGACAGAGAUAGACAGUGUUGAAAACAAAGACAACAAAGAUAAAUCGUCUCCCAACAUACUCUCCAGACAAAGAGAUACUGAUGGUUAUAUGCAAGCUAAGUGUGCUGAUGAUGGGGUACCAGAAACAUCUGGUGUUAAUGAUAGGGUUGCGAAUAUAUCUAAAGUCGAUGGUCAAAAUGAUGGAUCUCUCAUGAACAGCAAAGGAAAUUGGCUAGCUAUUCAGAGACAGUUGCUGCAAUUAGAGAGACAACAGACUCAUUUGAUGAAUAUGCUGCAGGAGUUCAUGGGUGGCUCUCAUGACAGCAUGGUGACUUUAGAGAGUAGAGUACGGGGUUUAGAGAGAGUAGUUGAAGACAUGGCACAUGAUUUAUCCAUAUCGUCAAGCAGGCGGGUUGGUAAUUUUCGAACUGGAUAUGAUGGAUCUUCCAAUCGUUCUUCCAGGUACAAUGCCUACCUUGACUAUGGUGGAAGACUUCCAUUUGGUGACAGAUUUUCUGCUUCUGAAGGAGUGUCGUCAACUAUGAGGGGUAGGGCGACACCUUGGAGAUCUGAUCUUCAAGAACAUUGGGAUUUUCAUUCGUAUGGUGCCUCUAAAAAUGGGCAACCUGGUAUUAGAAGAGAUGCGGGAAGCAAUUCUAUCGAUGGCAGAUCUCCUAGAUCUGAGCAUGAAAAUGACCAAAUUGGUGCUCGUAGAGCCUGGGACAAAGGUACUGGAAAUAUCAGACUUGGUGAAGGCCCCUCUGCUAGAAGUGUUUGGCAGGCUUCAAAGGAUGAGGCUACACUGGCUGCAAUUCGUGUGGCUGGGGAAGAUGGUGGAACAGCUCGAGGUGCUAGAGUAGCUGUACGGGAACUGGAGGCGAUAGGCUGUGACAAUACCCAACCAGAACGCGACCCAGUUUGGACUUCCUGGUGCAAUGCAAUGGAUGCUGUUCAAGCCGGUGAUAUGGAUACAGCUUACGCUGAGGUCGUAUCAACGGGAGAUGAAUCUUUGCUUGUGAAGCUCAUGGAUCGGUCUGGUCCUGUAUUUGAUCAACUCUCCAAUGAGGUUGCAGUUGAUGUUUUGAAUGCUAUCAUGCCAUUUGUGGUAGACCAGAACUUACUUGAUUUAUCUUUAUCUUGGGUUCAACAGUUGCUAGAUUUGGUUGUGGACAAUGGGCCUGACGUAUUUAGCAUCCCUAUCGAAGUGAAGGGAGACCUUUUAUUUAGUUUGCAUGAUGCUGCUUCUUCAAUAGAGCUACCGAAGGACUGGGAAGGAGCUGCCCCAGAUCAACUUAUGCUGCAGCUGGCUUCAGCCUGGGACAUUGAUCUCCAACAGCCUGGUAGCUAGCUGCUUAAAUAAGAUGGUAUUUUUGCAUAUGGUUAAUAUCUGCACUUCCUACCUGGUCAGUUGUUAAAUUUCAUGUUUCAAGUCUAGUGAAUAUGAGAUGGCAACAUCCUACACGAUUUCACUUAGGAAAAAACUGUCGAGGUGUUCACUUAAGUGGAAAGCUUGUGUCAUAUCAUCACUUGCUAUUGCAUAUGGACCUUAUGUAAUUUUUCACUUCACCAAUAUAUUUUCUUUUCUUUUGGUUUUCAUAUUUAUUACCUGCACCUAUAGUAUUGGUUACUGCGGAACUCCAAGAAUGGUGUUCACAGUUCAAUAUUAUAAGAAAAUUAUCCUAUAACGAAGUUAUAUAGGAACUAUGCUGCUCUCUUCAUCAGAUGCUGGAAGAGGUGCUCAUUUGCUUUUUAUCUUUCCUUACGAUUUUGGCUAGAUUGUUGCCUUGUUGGUGUCCUUUAGUUUGACAUUUCGUUUCUGUUGAUAUAUUUUAAAGAAAUAGUAUUUGGCUUCAGGG